UGACAAGUGAGAUUCUAGUGGGAGAUUCGAAUUAUUGCGGCGCCAAACAUUGGAUUCAUCGUCAAUGUUGGAUAAAGAGUUGUUUGCAGUUCCAUAAAACGAAACAAAGUUGAGAAAAUGAGCCGAUUUUCUCAGAAUACGCGCACAGCAUAUUGUCGUCAGCCAGUGCAACAUGUGCUGCUUGAUAUUGGCUAUCCCAUGACUCCUUUACAUAUAAAAACUACAAUAACCGCUCUACAGAAUGUAUUAACCUUGGCAUGCUCGCUGAGAGGAGGCAUUCGAAUUCCAGGUUUCGGCGUUUCUGUUAUAAAUAAAACAUUCGAACUUAUUUACUGGACAGAUGUAUUGAGAGGAAAUUUUUCGAAGGUAUUACCUGCCCUAAAUUCAGUAGAAAGCUAUGCUGCAGUGAAUGAGAAAUUGUCGGAACAAGAAUUUCAAGACUGUUUAAACUUGGGUAUCUUAUCUGUCAUUGAAGAAUUUAAAACGAGGCAUAAUGGUAUGCCUGGUGGCAGUACUGGAAAUUUUAUGCCUUUACUGCAAAUUACUUUAAUUACAAGAAAAACUGGAUUACCAAUUCUCGAAUUUCUUGAGAAAUUACUUCACAAUAUUGAAAAGACACAACUCAAAAGGAUACAGGUAGCUGAACUUACAUCAUAUGGUGAAAACUCUUUUCAACUAUUGCAAAUGCCAAGCAGAAGGGUUCAAAAUUCUUUGGCAUUUAUUGAACUGGUUUAUCUCACUGAUUCAGAAGAUAAAAUGCAAGAUUUUUUUAAAAUUUGGUUAUGUGACUGUGACAGUGAUCAAGAACAUUUGCGUUUGUUGUUUCCUGGAAAGUCAAAAACUAAAAUUGAUUUUACUGUAAAAUGUGAUAUCAGAGAAAGUAUAAUCAACACACUAUCUUUGCCUUAUGGACAUCGUUAUCAGAUACAAACUGAUUUCUUCAGUUUCCAAUUUGGAGGAAAUAGUGUGGGGAAGAACUCAUCAAAAGAUCUGCCCAUAUUUGAAUUGGAAGUUAUUGCUCGUGUUUCCCUAAGUGGGCUUUGUGAAUCUUUUGUCUUCGGAUUCCCGCACAGACUUUAUCCGACACAGUGUUGGAGACUAGAUUGGGAAGAAAUCCUUUAUAACCAACAGUGUUUUGCAACUAUAUGCCAGUAUCUAACUGAGAAUGAAAUAUAUCUACUUACCAGGAUAAAAGCCCAGCAUCGCUCAGAUCAAGUUUUUGGCUUCUAUAUUUUAGUAGCAGGAGACAAGUCACUUCUUCUAAAGUCAGUAGCCUCAGCUGAAAUUACUCUUCCUUCGCAAGAUGCUGCACAUAGUGGUCAGAUAUCUGAGGAACUUCUCAUCAAAAUGAGUAACAACUUGACUGACCUACCACUGAUUCAGGACUUCAAUCCGCAGUUGUUCAUUUCAGGACUAUACACAGCCCUGAACCAUAACUUAAUACAUGUCAGCUCACUGGGUGCUGAAAGUGGGUUACGGAGCUUUCAUCCAGCAUUUGAUAAUUCAGAGCAAGAAGAUGGAAAACACAAGAGGACCAAGAAGAUCUCUCAACAGCAUAGCUCUUUGCAAAUAGACUUAAAUCCAAGUUCAAAGUAACAUAAUGUACAAAUGACAGAGCGAUACUUCACUGUGAUCUUAGUAACAGUUAAUGUAAUAAUAUAUUUUGAUUUUUCUGGGUUCAUUUUCAUUCUGAAGUUGAUUUCCUGAUA